AUGGAAAGUGAAGGAGAUGGUGAUUCUUCAAGUGAAGGUGAUGGCGAGAUUUCAAAUGAUGAUAGUGAAAGAGAUGGUGAUGUUGACUCCGAAGAUGAUAGUAUAGGUGAUGGUGAUUCUUCAAGUGAAGGUGAUGAUGACGCUUCAAAUGAGGUUAAUGAAGGAGACAGUGAUGUUGACUCCGAAGAUGAUAGUGAAGGUGAUGGUGAUUCUUCAAAUGAAGGUGAUGAUGACGCUUUCAAUGAAGUUAAUGAAGGAGACAGUGAUGUUGACUCCGAAGAUGAUAGUGAAGGUGAUGGUGAUUCUUCAAGUGAAGAUGAUAGUGAAGGUGAUGGUGAUUCUUCAAGUGAAGGUGAUGAUGAGGCUUUAAAUGAGGUUAAUGAAGGAGACGGUGAUGUUGAUUCCGAAGAUGAUAGUGAAGGUGAUGGUGAUUCUUCAAGUGAAGGUGAUGAUGAGGCUUCAAUGAGUGAAGGUGAUGAAGAUACGUUAAAUGAGGUCAGUGAAGGAGAUGGUGAUGUUGACUCCGAAGAUGAUAGUGAAGGUGAUGGUGACACUUCAAAUGAUGUUAGUGAAGGUGAUGGUGACUCUUCAAAUGAAAAUGAUGGUGACUCUUCAAAAGAUGACAGUGAAGGUGAUGGAGAUUCUUCAAAUGAAAAUGAUGGUGACUCUUCAAAGAUGACAGUGAAGGUGAUGGAGAUUCUUCAAAUGAAAAUGAUGGUGACUCUUCCAAAGAUGACAGUGAAGGUGAUGGAGAUUCUUCAAAUGAAAAUGAUGGUGACUCCUCAAAUGAUGAUAGUGAAGGUGAAAAUGAUGACUCCACAAUUGAAGAUACUAUAA